AUGAAAGAAACGAAAGUUAGCAUUGUAAAAGUAUACAAAGGAGAUGAAAACCCAAAUAUCGCAAUCGUUUUACCCAAGUCUCCAUCACCUACUUUAAACAAACAACCUGCCAUUUCUGUUGACAGCACAAUAUCAGCACCAACAACACAUCUUCCAGACGUUACUUCAACUUCCUGCUCCAAAAGUGAAACCACACCACUUCCUACAAAGACGGAACACAAUCAUGAAGCUCGUGAUAAAAGGCCGAAAAAAAAGUCAAAAUAG